AUGACGAAGUCAGUCGCGAUACUAUUCUUAACCCUAUGUGCUCGUCAUGUAGUAGCAUCGCCUAUUCCGGGGAUACACCAGAUAGCCCCUCGGGAUAUUGUUAAGCCUCUCCCUGAAAGAGCGACAGAAGAGGACAAGAGAUGGCAACCUGUUGCGGAUUUUGACACGGACAGUUGUUAUAACACGGCGGCCAUCAGUCCCGAUGGGCAGAUCAACCCCGGGAUGGAUCAUGAUUAUUCAGGACCCUCGGAACAUUGUCGCGAUUCUGCGCGUCUCGAUAACAAUAACGUCUACUCGCGUAAGCGUUGUAAUAACGGAUGGUGCGCCUUUAUUUACGACUACUACUUCGAGAAGGACGUUGCGGUCCCUUAUGUUGCUGACGCCGGUGGUCACCGCAACGACUGGGAGCAUGUAAUCGUCUUCGUCAAAGAUGGAAAAGCAGAAUACGUGGCGGCCGGGAGUCACGGAGAUUUCGACACGCGGAAGGCAGAGGAUGUCCGAUGGGAAGACGAAACUCACCCGAAGGUUGUGUAUCACAAGCAAGGCGGAAGCACCCACGGGUGGCGCUUCGCCAGGAAAGACGACGAUAAAAUCGAGAACGAGAAGGGAGUCUGGUUUAAAGGCCCCCUAGUUUCUUAUAACGGCUUCCCCAGCAAGGAACUUCGCGACAAGUUAAUGAGCCACGACUUUGACAGAGAGAGGUCUACGGCUAAGCCGCGCAUGGCUAUUAGCGACCGCUAUAUCAAAACUAAUUUGAACUUGGCAAGGAACGACGUAAUACCUGGAUUCGACUCCGGAGUUGACGAUGCCCAAUCGCCUGGAAUCCCAUGA